GCCCCGGCGCUGGCGGAGACGCGCUCUCCCUGCAAAAAAAAAAAAAAAAAAAAAAGCAAAGGCGAUUAAAGGCGCUGCCAGCCUCGCGCUCUGGGCACAGCUGAGCGUGACACUCGGGGAAGUCAAACCCCUCACUACUACCUAGGAAGAUGGCUAGACUUUAAAGACUAUUUAUUUUUUUCCUUUAAGAAAAAAAAUUCCUGGAGCUUUUUCUUUUCUUUUUUCCUGGCUUUCUUUUCUUUCCUUUUUCUUUCUUUCUUUUUUUUUUUUUAAUCUUUUUGGUCGUGGCUUAUUCCCCAUUUCAAACAAAUCAUUGAAUCUGGUUGCAGCAAGGAAAAAAAAAGAAAGAAAGAAAAUAGCCAAGUGUCUCCAUAUCUGGAUGUCUACAAAUUAGAGAGAGGGAGAGACAGCGAGAUCUAGCUGCUCGAUAACAGCGAGCGAUCCAGGCCAGGCGCCUGGGCUUUUUUUUUUUCCCCUGCACCCGCCCCGUGCCUUCGCUGGGGCUUCGUCGGCCUUCUUCCUCCGCGCACCCCCACGGGCCGCUGGCAAAGUGGGGUGGGGAGCGCGGCGGGGGGGGCGGGGGCCGGCGCGGCGGCCGGGGCGGCGGGGCGGCCGAGCAUGGAAGAACAGCAGCCGGAACCUAAAAGUCAGCGCGACUCGGGCCUCGGCGCGGCGGCGGCGGCGGCGGCGGCGGCGGGCAGCCUCAGCCUCAGCCUGAGCCCGGGCGCCAGCGGCAGCAGCGGCAGCGAUGGAGACAGCGUGCCGGUGUCCCCGCAGCCCGCGCCCCCCUCGCCGCCCGCGGCGCCCUGCCUGCCGCCCCUGGCCCACCACCCGCACCUCCCCCCGCACCCCCCGCCCCCGCCGCCGCCGCCGCCGCCGCAGCAUCUCGCGGCGCCUGCUCACCAGCCGCCACCCGCGGCCCAGCUGCACCGCACCACCAACUUUUUCAUCGACAACAUCCUGAGGCCGGACUUCGGCUGCAAAAAGGAGCCGCCGCCGCAGCUGCUGGUGGCGGCGGUGGCCGGAGGAGGCGGAGGAGGAGGAGGAGGAGGCGCAGGAGGAGGAGGAGGAGGAGGCCGAGUGGAGCGCGACAGAGGCCAGACCGGCGCAGGUAGAGACCCCGUCCACCCGCUGGGCACGCGGGCGCCGGGCGCCGCCUCGCUCCUGUGCGCCCCGGACGCAAACUGUGGCCCACCCGACGGCUCCUCGCCAGCCGUCGCCGGCGGCGCGGGUGCGUCCAAAGCUGGGAACCCGGCGGCGGCGGCGGCGGCGGCAGCGGCGGCGGCGGCGGCCGUGGCGGCAGCGGCAGCGGCGGCGGCGGCGGCUAAGCCUUCGGACAGCGGCGGCGGCAGCGGAGGCGGCGUGGGGAGCCCAGGUGCGCAGGGUGCCAAGUACCCGGAGCAUGGCAACCCCGCCAUCCUGCUUAUGGGCUCAGCCAACGGCGGGCCCGUGGUCAAAACUGACUCGCAGCAGCCCCUGGUUUGGCCCGCCUGGGUCUACUGCACGCGCUACUCGGAUCGUCCGUCUUCGGGUCCGCGCACGAGGAAGCUGAAGAAGAAGAAGAACGAGAAGGAGGACAAGCGGCCGCGGACGGCGUUCACCGCCGAGCAGCUACAGAGACUCAAGGCGGAGUUCCAGGCGAACCGCUACAUCACGGAGCAGCGGCGGCAGACCCUGGCCCAGGAGCUCAGCCUCAACGAGUCCCAGAUCAAGAUCUGGUUCCAGAACAAGCGCGCCAAGAUCAAGAAAGCCACGGGCAUCAAGAACGGCCUGGCGCUGCACCUCAUGGCGCAGGGACUGUACAACCACUCCACCACCACGGUGCAGGACAAAGACGAGAGCGAGUAGCCGCCGCCGCCGCCGCCCGGCCUCCCUCCGCGCCCGCGCCCGCGCCCUCUCCCGGCACCGCCGCCGCCGCCGCGCCUCGCCGGCCCCGCGCCCCGGGAGA